GGCUGUGGGGCUCUGAGGCCGCCGCUGGUCUUCACCUAGUUCCGGGGUCCUCGGCGAUGGCGGAGGAGGCGGCGGUGGCCGUGUGCGUGCGAGUGCGGCCGCUCCCCUGCAGAGAAGAAGAACUUGGAGAAGAUACCCAUGUUUACUGGAAAACUGACAAUAAUGCCAUUUAUCAGAUUGAUGGGAGUAAAUCCUUCAAUUUUGAUCGUGUCUUUCAUAGCAGUGAAACAACUAAAAAUGUGUAUGAAGAAAUUGCAGUACCGAUCAUCGAUUCCGCCAUACAAGGCUACAACGGAACGAUAUUUGCCUAUGGGCAAACUGCAUCAGGAAAAACACACACUAUGAUGGGUUCCGAAGACUGUUUGGGAGUUAUACCCAGGGCAAUUCAUGACAUUUUCGAAAAAAUUAAGAAGUUUCCUGAGCGAGAAUUUCUCUUACGGGUAUCUUACAUGGAGAUCUACAACGAGACCAUUACAGACUUACUCUGUAAUGCUCAGAAAAUGAAACCUUUGAUUAUUCGGGAAGAUAUCAAUAGGAACGUCUAUGUUGCUGAUCUCACGGAAGAAGUAGUUUACACCUCAGAAAUGGCUUUGAAAUGGAUCUCAAAGGGAGAAAAGAACAGACAUUACGGAGUCACCAAAAUGAAUCAAAGAAGCAGUCGUUCCCACACCAUUUUUAGGAUGAUUUUGGAAAGCAGAGAAAAAGGUGAAUCUUCCAAUUGCGAAGGGUCUAUCAAGGUCUCUCAUUUGAAUUUGGUUGAUCUCGCAGGCAGUGAAAGAGCUGCUCAAACAGGAGCUGAAGGUGUGCGACUCAAGGAGGGCUGUAAUAUAAAUCGAAGCUUAUUUAUUUUGGGACAAGUGAUCAAGAAACUUAGUGAUGGACAAAUCGGUGGUUUCAUUAAUUAUCGAGAUAGCAAAUUAACACGAAUUCUUCAGAAUUCCUUGGGAGGAAAUGCCAAAACCCGUAUUAUCUGCACAAUUACUCCAGUGUCGUUCGAUGAAACCCUUACCACCCUACAGUUUGCCAGUACUGCUAAAUACAUGAAGAAUACUCCUUAUGUCAAUGAGGUGUCAAGUGAUGAAGCUCUCCUGAAAAGAUACAGAAAAGAAAUAGUGGAUCUUAAGAAACAAUUAGAGGAGGUGAAUAUGAAAACUCGAGCACAAGAAAUGGAAAAAGACCAGUUGGCCCAACUUUUGGAUGAAAAAGACCUGCUUCAAAAAGUACAGGAUGAGAAAAUUCAAAACUUAAAACGUAUGCUGGUUACCUCUUCCUCUAUUACAUUACAACAGGAACUAAAGGCUAAAAAGAAACGAAGAGUUACUUGGUGUGUCGGCAAAAUCAAUAAAAUGAAGGAGUCACACUAUGAAAGUGAAUUUAAAAUGCCAACAAAUGUAACAACAAGAAGCCGCAAAACUGUAACUGUCCUGGGAGAAACUGAUGAAUCGCUCUGUUUUGACUCUGAUAUCUUCAGUAAUACUCUUGAACCAUUAACUGAAAUAGAGUGGAAUUCGGCAACAAAGCUACUGAGUGAGGAACACUUAGAAAGUGAGUUGAACUCACUUCAUGCUAAAUAUGAUAAUCUAGUAUUGGACUAUGAACAGCUAAGAAGAGAAAAUGAAGACCUGGGAUUGAAAUUAAAAGAAAAAAGUGACUUAGAUGAAUUUGAGGCUCUGGAAAGGAAAGCAGAGAAAGAUCAAGAGAUGCAACUAAUUCAUGAAAUUUCCAACUUAAAGAAUUUAGUUAAGCAUGCAGAAGUAUAUAACCAAGAUCUUGAGAAUGAACUAAGUUCAAAAAUAGAACUGCUCAAAGAAAAGGAUGACCAGAUUAAGACUCUCCAGAAAUGCAUAGACUCCCAAAAGUCAGAAAAUAUGAGAGCAGAUUUGUCAUAUGCAUCGGAAAAUACUGAAGACCUAAAACAAAUCAGACAAACUCUGUUUGAUGCCGAAACUGUAGCCCUUGAUGCCAAGAGAGAAUCAGCCUUCCUGAGAAGUGAAAAUCUAGAGCUAAAAGAGAAAAUGAAUGAACUUUCCAAUUCUUAUAAGCAAAUGAAAAGUGACAUUCAGCUGUAUCAAAGCCAACUGGAGGCAAAAAAGAAGAUGCAAAUGGACCUGGAUAAGGAAUUGCAGUCUGCAUUUAAUGAAAUAACAAAGCUCACUGCCCUGAUAGAUGGCAGAGUCCCCAAAGAUUUGCUUUCCAAUUUGGAACUGGAGAAAAGGAUUACUGAGCUCCAGAGAGAACUUAAUGAAGAAGCUGAAGGAAAGGAAACUUUGCGAAAAGAAGUCCAGUUGCUCUCAGAGCUGAAGUGUUUACCCUCUGAAGUAGAAAUGCUGAGGAAAGAGCUACAUGAGAAAUCUGAAGAGCUCUAUGUAAUCUCAUCAGAAAGAGAAAGAUUGCUCUCUGAAGUAGCUCAUAAAGACAGUAGAAUUCAGGGCUUACUUGAAGAAAUUGGGAGAGCUGAAGAUGACCUCGCAGCUUCCCAGCCGAAUUACAAAAGCUCUGGUGAAGAAUGUCAGGCUUUGAAAAUCCUUCACACUGAACUUGAGCAAAAAUAUGAAGCGGCCUUGGAGGAGAAUGAGAGAAUGAAGCAGGAGGUGGGAAAUCUCUCUAGAGAAGCAGAAAGCCUUGGUUCAAGUGUGGAUUCCUUGAAGACCGAGCUCUCUCACAAGACUCAAGAGCUUCAGCAGAAAACAGCGGAGAGUCAAGAAAGGUUAAAUGAGGUGCAGCAGCUGAAAGCAGAGUUAGCAAGUCAAGACUGCAGCCUGCGGAGUGUAGAGAAGGAGAACACUCUGCUGUCUGAGAAGCUUCAGCACAGCGUAGAAGAAGUCAGAGCUUUAACCCGAGAAAAGGAUGGCCUAAAGCAACUCCAAGAGAGCCUGCGAGCCGAGAGGGACCAGCUCCGAAGCGACAUUCAGGACACUGUAAACAUGAACAUAGACACUCAAGAACAAUUACUAAAUGCUCUUGAGUCUUUGAAACAGCACCAAGAAACAAUUAGCACACUGACAAAGCAGGCCGAGGAACCGUGCGGGAGCUUGCGUGUCAAGGCCGGAGGAGGCAGAGAUGAAGUUCAGCAGGAGAAGACUGCUGUAGAUGAAAGACAGAAUCUGGGCACCACAAACACCCAGAGGCUGAUUGCAGAUGCUAAGGAUGAUGAGGGAAGUGAGCAGCAGAAGAUAUCUUCUUUAAUACAGGAGAGAAAUGAACUGCAGCAGAUGCUGGAGAGUGUUAGGGCAGAAAAGGAGCAACUGAAGAGGGAUCUAAAGGAAAAUAUCGAGAUGACUGUUGAAAACCAGGAAGAAUUAAGAAUUCUUAGAGUGGAACUCAGAAGGCAGCAGGAGAUAGUUGCUCAGGAAAGGAGCCAAGCCGUGAAGAAAGGUGAUGAGCUGUCAAGGGCCUGUGAGAGGCUGGCAGAAGCUGAGGAGGAGCUCAGGGAAAAGAACCAGAAACUCCAGGAAAAGCAGCAACAGCUUCGUAGUGCACAGGAGGAGCUGACUAAGAUGCAAGAAAAGAUCAAUGAAAUGGAGAAUCUGAAGAACGAAUUAAAGAACCAAAAAUUAGCAUUAGAACAUGUGGAAAUGGAAAGACUUGAGUUGACCCAAAAACUCCAGGAAAAUGACAAGAAAAUGAAAUCUAUAACCAAGGAAAGAAAUGAUCUAAAAGAAUUGCAGGAGUCAUUUGAAGUCGAAAGAAAUCAACUUAAAGAGUACGUGAGAGAAACCGAAGCUAUGGACCUGCGAACAAAAGAAGAACUCAUCAUUGCACCCGUGCAUCUAAAAAAACACCAAGAAAUUAUUGAUGAGCUGCAAAGAAGCAUUUGUGAGAGAGACGCUGAAGCAGCCAGCCCCCGGAAGGACACAGAGAAGCCCGGCACUGAACUGCACGCAAAGGAAUCCCUUAAGAUCCCAGAGGCUGGAUAUAAACAGGAACAGUCUUUCAAUGUAGAGGAAAAGGACAGUGCGACUGCUGAAAUGAGUGAGCUGGGGCAGCUGAAGGAGAUGUUCAAAGCCAGAGAUUCAGCAGUACCAAGAGAAGAACAGGAAGAGAUCAGGUUGUCCACAAGUCCUGACGAAAGUGGCAAAGUGGUGCUGUUAGCUAAGGAGAGGGAUGGCCUCCAGCGCCUGCAGCAGGCUCUCCAGUCAGAGCGUGACCAACUCACAGAGCACGUCAGAGAAAUCACAGCCAAACACCUAGAAACUGAGGAAGAACUUAAAGCUGCUCAUUGCUGCCUGAAAGAGCAAGAGAAAACGAUUGACGCACUGAGAAUGAACCUCUCCCAGAAGGAAGCUGAAUUAUCAAGCAUUCGGAUAGAGCUAGAAUCAGCCACUGAUGAGCUGCAGAAAAAGCUCCAAGAACUUCAGGAAAAAGAGCAUAAGUAUCUUGAGAUGAAGACAAGUAAUGAGACUGAAGAGAAUAUGUGUGAGAUGGAACACUUGAAAGAGCAGUUUGAGGCCCAGAAGUCAACUCUGGAAAAGAUGGAAAUGCAGAAUGUAACCCUGACUCAAAGACUCCACGAAAACACUGAAGAAAUGAGAUCUGUAACAAGAGAAAGGGAUGACCUUAGGAGUACAGGGGAGAGCCUCAAAGUAGAGAGAGACCAGCUCAAGGAAAACCUUAAAGCAACCAUGACUAGAGGUCUAGAAAAAGAAGAAGAACUAAGAAUUUCUCAUCUGCAUCUGAAAGAACACCAAGAAACUAUCGACAAACUCAAAGAGAUUGUUUCUGAGAAGACGGAUGAAAUAUCCAAUAUUCAAGGGGACUUGGAACGUACAAAUGCUACCUUAGAAGCACAGAUCCAAGAACUCCAGGAAAAAGAACAUCAGUUUUCUAAAGUAAAAGGUGACCUCAGAGAAGCUGUGUAUCAAAUGGAACAACUAAAGGAGCAGAUGGAAGCCCAGAAUUCAACUCUAGAGAGCAUAAAAAUAGAGAAGCUAAGAUUGACUCAAAAGCUUCAUGAAAAUCUUGAAGAAGUAAGAUUAGUUACUAAAGAAAAUGAUGGCCUGAGACUUGUGGAGGAAACCCUCAGAACAGAGAGAGACCAACUGAGGGAAAGCCUUAGAAAAGUAGAAGCAGAUGAUCUGAAAAAGGAAGAGAAACUAAGGAUUGUGCAUGUGGAUCUGAAAGAACACCGAGAAACUAUUGACAGGCUCAGGGGCAUUAUUUCUGAGAAGACAGAAGAAGCAUCACAUAUGAAGACGGAUUUAGGAAAUGCAGAUGUUAAAUUACAGGCAAAGAUUCAAGAACUUAAGGCAAAUGAACUUCAGCUUCUCAAGUUGAAAGGAGACAUGAAUGAAAUGCAGAGGCAACUCAAGGAACAAGGCUUAACUCUGAAUAAAAUAGAAAUGGAGAAUCUAAAUCUAGCUCAGAAACUUCACGAAACCCUUCAAGAAAUGAAAUCUGUAGUAAAGGAAAGAGAUAAUGUAAGGAGAGCAGAGGAGAUGCUCAAGCACGAGAGAGACCGACUCGAGGAACGUCUGCGAGAAGCCGUCGCCAGGGAUCAUCAGAAUCACAAAGAGCUAGUAAAACAUGAAAGGAGGUUAUCGUGUGAUGCAGAGCAUCUUACAGAAAGCCUUCGAGAAAAGUGCCUCAGGAUAAACGUGCUCCUUAAAAGAUACUCAGAAAUGGAUAGUGAUUAUGAGUGCCUGGAUAGGUUGUCUCUUGACUUGGAGAAGGAAAUUGAAACCCAAAAAGAGCUUUCAGUUACUUUAAAAGCAAAUCUCUCACUUCCAUGCCCACAAGCCAAAGAGAUUCAAAAGCUUCUUAGCGCAAACCAGAGAUGCUCCAUGGAAUUCCACAGAGUCAUGAAGAAACUUAAGUACGUGCUAAGCCACGUUACAAAGAUAAAGGAAGAACAGCAUGAUUCCAUCAACAAAUUCGAAAUGGCUUUCAUUCAGGAAGUGGAAAAACAAAGUGAAUUCCAAAUUAAAAUACAGUGCCUUCAACAGGAUUAUGAGAUACCAUCCAGAGAAUUAGAGAUCCUCAAACUAAACCAGAAUAUGGACCUCCAUAUUGAGGAAAUUCUCAAAGAUUUUUCAGGAAAUGACUUACCCAGCAUAAAGACUGAAUUCCAACAAGUUCUGAGUAAUAGGAAAGAAAUGACUCAGUUUUUGAAAGAGUGGCUACAUGCUCCUUUUGAUGUAGAAAAGCUUAAAAGUGGCAUCCAGAAAGAAAACACUAGCAUUUGUCAAGUGAAUAACUUCUAUAAUAGCAAAAUAGCUGCCAUAGUAAAUGAGUCAACAGAGUUUGAGGAAAGAAAUGCUACCAGAUCCAAAGAGUGGGAACAUGACCUGAAAUCAAUGAAUGAAAAAACUAAAAAGCUAUUUAAAGACUACCAGGCUUUGACUGUCUCCCUAUCUACUGCCCAUAUUUACCCUGCACAUCCUUCCACACAGAGCACUAAGAACCCCUGUGUGGCAUCAGGUGUACAGCUAACCGCAGAGAGAAUUCAAGAGCUGGAAACUUCCCUACAAGAAGCUAAAGAAAGUGCUAUGUAUAAGGAAGACAAGAUUGUCAAGAUGCAGAAAGAACUAGACUUGAGUAAGGACGUGAUAGCAGAACUUCAGACCAAAGUUAGGGAGUCAAACACAUCCCUUGAAAAAGCAAAAGAAUCAGUCCAGGUACUUCAGGACAAAGUUGCUUUAGGAGCUAUGCCCUAUAAAGAAGAAAUUGAAGAUCUCAAAACGAAGCUGGUGAAAGUAGACCUGGAGAAAAAGAAAAGUACCAAGGAGUAUGAAAAGGAAAUUCUUUCCACAAAAGCCACUGUUGAGCAUCAAAAAGAAGUGAUAAGGUUACUGAGAGAAAAUCUUAGAAGAACUCAGCAGACCCAGGAUACCUCAAUGAUAACAGAACAUGAUUCUCAGCCUUUAAAUAAACCAUUAACUUGUGGAGGUGGCAGUGGGAUUGUACAAAGCACAAAAGCUCUUAUUUUGAAAAGUGAAUAUAUAAGGCUGGAAAAGGAAGUUUCUAAGUUAAAGCAGCAAAACGAGCAGUUAAUAAAGCAAAAAAAUGAACUAUUAAGUGAAAACCAUCAUCUUUCCAAGGAGAUUAAAACUUGGAAAGAAGGAACUCUUAAAAGAGAAGCUUAUAAGGAAGCAGCUUGUGCGAAUUCUCCAAAGUCUCCUAAAGUGACUGGAUCUGAUUCUAAGUGGAGACAGAACACAGCUCAGUGCCGCGCACGGAAUUUACAAGGAGUGCCGAAGGAGUCACCAAAAUCUUUGUUUUUUGAUAGCCGAUCAAAGUCUUUACCAGGACCUCAUCCGGUUCGCUAUUUUGAUAACUCUAGUUUAGGACUGUGCCCAGAGGAACAAGCUGCAGAAGCAGAGAACGUGGAUCCUAAGACCGAUUCUUGGUGCUCCUCCUCAGGAAAAGAAGUGCCCCCCGCGGAGUGCAAAAUGCAGUAGAUUCCCCUUCCCCCUUUCUGGAGCCCUGGGAUCCUUUGUUAUUUAUUUUAAUAUAUUUUAAAGAAUAAAGUUCUUAAAA